GUGGUAGAAAAAAUACAUUAAUGAGUGUGUGAUUUAACCUUAUAUAUACCCUUCACAAUUGCAUGUUCAAUACAAACCAUCAAAUUGAGAAUCUCAUACAUUAAAUAUUUUUCAUUCCUCUUUUACUUGGUUUGCAUUGCAAUGGCUAUGGCUACUUCUUUGGUGAUUAGUUUUUGUGUAAUGAUAAGCUUGCUUGGUUGUGUUUAUGCUCAACAACAACCAAGAGCUUUCUUUGUUUUUGGAGAUUCUCUAGUAGAUAGUGGUAACAAUGAUUUUCUUGCUACCACGGCUCGAGCUGAUAAUUAUCCAUAUGGCAUUGAUUAUCCGUCACACAGACCUACUGGACGCUUCUCUAACGGAUAUAACAUCCCCGACCUAAUCAGUUUGGAGCUUGGAUUAGAGCCUACGCUUCCAAUUUUGAGUCCACUACUAGUUGGAGAGAAGCUUCUAGUUGGUGCUAAUUUUGCAUCUGCCGGGAUCGGAAUUCUCAACGAUACCGGAUUCCAGUUUUUGCACAUAAUUCGCAUUUACAAGCAAUUAGAGCUAUUUCAAUUGUAUCAGAAAAGAGUAAGUGCACACAUUGGUUCAGAGGGAGCAAGGAACCUAGUAAACAGAGGAUUAGUACUCAUUACUCUUGGAGGCAAUGAUUUUGUCAACAACUACUAUUUGGUUCCUUAUUCAGCAAGAUCUCGUCAAUUUUCUCUUCCAGACUAUGUUCGAUAUCUCAUUUCCGAGUACCGCAAAGUUCUCAGGAAGCUUUAUGAUUUGGGAGCUCGUAGGGUUCUUGUAACUGGAACAGGACCAUUGGGAUGUGCUCCAGCAGAAAGAGCUCAGAGAGGUAUAAAUGGUGAAUGUGGUAUAGAACUGCAGAGAGCUGCAGCCUUAUACAAUCCUCAACUUGUUGAAAUGUUAAGAGGACUAAAUCAAGAAAUUGGCUCUGAUAUCUUCAUUUCCGCUGAUGCAUAUAGAAUGCACAUGGAUUACAUUUCCAACCCUCAAGCUUAUGGAUUUGUAACAUCAAGGGUAGCAUGCUGUGGACAAGGGCCAUACAAUGGAAUUGGGCUUUGUACACCAAUCUCAAACUUGUGCCCAAACAGAGAACUUAAUGCAUUUUGGGAUGCAUUUCAUCCAACCGAGAAGGCUAAUAAAAUCAUAGUCCAACAAAUCCUUAGGGGCAGUGCUGAGUACAUGUACCCUAUGAAUCUCUCCACAAUCAUGGCCGUAGAUUCCAGGAUUUGAUCAUAUCCAUCCAUCCAUCCACAUCAUUCAGUUAAUUAAUGGUUUUUUGUUAGUUAUGUGUAAUCUUGUUUUAUUUAUGAUGUGUGUAUCUUUAAUUUAUCCAAUCUAGUAUUUUGUAUCCCAUAGGUAGUGGUUGGUUUGUUGUGCUAAGUUUUUUGAGUACUGGUUUGUCCACUCAAAUUGUCAUUGCUCUUUUGCCAGUAAUAAAAUCUCUUCCUUGAUUGCCAA